CAUCCCGUAUGCUUUAGCACUUGGAGUGAUGCAGGACGAGAAGAAGAUGAAGGUGAAGAAAGGAUUCCUUGGUGUUCAAGUGGGUUUAGAAGACGACGAAGAAGGUGGCUAUUCCCCUCAAAGAUUCGUGAUCCCAAUCUCUUACCUUUCCCACCCUCUCUUCAAGCGCCUUCUGGACAAGGCUCGCGAGGUUUACGGCUACCACACCGAUGGCCCACUCAAGCUCCCGUGCUCCGUCGACGAUUUCCUCCAUCUCCGGUGGCGAAUCGAGAAAGAGUCUGCUCCAAACCAAAACCACCAUAACCACAGCCACCAUCGCCUUCCACACGCUUUGCACUUCCACUCUUGUUAGGGGCUGUGACCCUUCUUUUCAGUCAAUGUUUGUGUGUGGAUAUCAUAGUAGUGCUAAUUAGGGAAUUCACGCCGCUCUGUGUUUUAAUGUCCAGAGGGAAAUUUAUAACAACAACGGAGAGAAUUAAUUACUCUCUGCUUCCAAAUUACAAAUCUUCUUCACCAGAAUUUACUUGUCUAGUUGUUUCUUUU